ACGUCAUCUGCGUUUGAGCAUAAAAACAACGGAGUAGUGGGCGUUUCAAAAAAAAAGAGUUUGGUGCUUUCUUUGCUUUUCUCCGGAAAGUGUUGAAAAUGGUGCAGCAACUGUCCAAAAGUGGAGCGAGGGAGACUCCUUUGCUGAAAGCUGGCCACCCUCCAGCAGUGAAAGCUGGAGGUAAACGGGUGGCCAAGAAAACCUUGGAAGAGAAUGCCACCCAUGGGACUCCAGAGAAGGAGACCAAGAGGUCUGAUAAAUUGAGCAGGUCCCUUGCUACCUCCAACAGGAUGCAACAAGUUGGCAUACUUCUGGCAGGAACUCUUGACAAGCUGAGCCACGACUUCCCAGAGACACCAGUGAGCGUGAGGCACAGCAAGGUGCGCCCUGCAGUGGAGAAGCCCCACUCACCCCGGACCUUCUUCAUCCAGCAGCCGAGGAAGUUUUGAACAACUCGUGUUUUUUCAAACGUCCCAGAGGGACCCAUGUUAAGUCAACUGUGAAAGGCAAACAUGAAGUGUUGGACACAUGAGGGCUGCUGACAGGUUGUCUGUUAAGUGCUGAUGGAAUGAAAGCUUUCAUUAAGCUCUGUAUUUACUUAGUAGAGAAACAAAAUGAGCUUUUUCAGGCUGUGCUUGUUUGUCAUAAUAUAAUAAACCAAUGCUAUAGUUGUAUUUUCCAGCUGAUGGAAUAACAGAUUGGUAUCCUGUAUGUUUAAAGUGAGGGUCAGGGGGUUAUCGGUGAGGCUUUUGGGAUUGGUUUUUUGUCAGUGAAAUCUUCACUUUGUAUUGCUUGGCACUUAUUAGAUUUAAUUAAAAAAAAAAGAAGAAAAUUGCAUGGCAUCACUGUAUUGGAGACCUGUGCUUAUUUUUCCUGGACUGUUUCCUUUUGCCACUAGGUGGCAGCAAUUUGCCAUUUAUGAACUUAAACAGUCAGAGGCUCCUGAUGUAUUUAUAUUAAAUCCAACUUUAGAAUUGUCUGCAUCAUAGCAUUUAUAAUCUUCAUUACUGUUUCAGAGAUUUCUUCAGUUCUAUACAUCUGCUUGUGCAUUACAAUAACUGGUAUAAAAAGGCAUCAAAGACUUUA